GUACCUCCAUGUCAACAACAACAGCUGACAGGACACACACACACACACACGCUCGUCCGUCUCCCUCACGCCCUUAUUUUCCCCCGUCACCGCCCGCCCAGCCAUGUCCGUGGAGGCGCUGCAGCAGAGGGUGGCGGCGCUGGAGGAGGAGCUGCGGCAGGUGCGGGAGGGCUCGUCCACCCCCAAAGAAAGGGAGAAGAUCGCGCAGAUGUCCGGGGAGGUGGUGGACACGAACCCGUACAGCCGGCUGAUGGCCCUGAAGCGCAUGGGCAUCGUUGAGGACUACGAGCGCAUCCGAACCUACACCGUGGCCGUGGUGGGGGUGGGCGGCGUGGGAAGCGUCACGGCGGAGAUGCUGACUCGCUGCGGCAUUGGCAAGCUGCUUCUCUUCGACUACGACAAGGUGGAGCUGGCCAACAUGAACCGGCUCUUCUUCCAGCCGCACCAGUCCGGCCAGAGCAAGGUGGUCGCUGCCGCCGCCACGUUGCGCUCCAUCAACCCCGACGUGGAGUUUGAGACCCACAACUACAACAUUACAACGGUGGACAACUUUGACCACUUCAUGGAGCGGAUCAGGUCAGGAGGGCUGUCAGGGGGCGCGGUUGACCUCGUCCUGAGCUGUGUCGACAACUACGAGGCGAGGAUGGCUGUGAACCGUGCCUGCAAUGAGCUGGAUCAGAUGUGGUUCGAGUCCGGCGUGUCGGAGAACGCUGUGUCCGGCCACAUCCAGUUCCUCAUACCCGGGGAGACGGCAUGUUUUGAUUGCGCGCCGCCGCUGGUGGUGGCGAGCCAGAUAGACGAGAGAACUCUGAAGCGGGAGGGAGUGUGCGCCGCCUCGCUGCCCACCACCAUGGGGAUUGUCGCGGGCAUGCUGGUGCAGAAUGUGUUGAAGUACCUGCUGAAGUUUGGGCAGGUGUCGUACUACCUGGGGUAUAACGCGCUGGUGGACUUCUUCCCCACUAUGACGGUGCGGCCCAACCCCCAGUGUGAGGACUCCUGGUGUCGGAAGCGGCAGGCGGAGUACGCGGCGAGGGUGGCGGCGCGGCCCAAGGUGGAGGAGAAGGUGGAGGAGGUGGAGGAGGAGGUGCUACAUGAAGACAAUGAGUGGGGCAUCAGUUUAGUGGAUGACGACGCACCCGCCGCCACCACCACCACAUCCGCGCCAUCCAGCCAGGUGUCCGGGCUGGCCGAGGGCAUCACCACUGCCUAUGACCGCCCGGCACCCAGCGACCCCACGGAUGACAUGACCUCCACGGCGGAUGACGGAACAAGCUUAGAUGACCUCAUGGCCCAGAUGAAGUCCCUCUAAGGUUAAGAUGACUAGGUAGAUCUUUGAAGGGGUCUGGUAGUGUGUGUGUGUGUGUGUGUGUGUGUGUGUGUGUGUGUGUUAGCUGCUUCUUUAUUUAUCUCAUUUGUCUUUAUUUCUUCACUUUUCAGUUUAUUUAUUUUCUUUAUUUAUCUUUGUCUCUCUCUCUUCCUCGCUCUCUGUGUUUCUAUUGCAAGGCGAACAGAGUAAUGUCUUUUUUAAUAUGUGUUUAUCUAUUAAUUUUUUACUUUUUUACUUCUUUAUUAUCUAUCUUAUCGUUUUUUUUUAUCUAUUUACGAGAUGAACAGAGAGCAGGUGAUGUGUGUGUGUGUGUGUGCGUGCGUGUGUGUGUGUAGGUAGCGGGCUAGUAUGGUUGUUAUUGUUAUUUUUUUCUCCUGUUUUCUUUCUCCCUUACCUGUUGUUCCCUUAAUUAAUUGGUCACCUGUGUAGCUCAUUGGCUGAAGUACCUCAUAUUUUUUGCCCUGUUCGGAAAAAAGAGGAUUAUUUAUAUUUCUGCAUCCUUGUUUUUUUUUUAUGUAGAAGCCUUGCCUUUGUUUUGUUUUAUUUUUAUAUAUAAAGUUGUAGUGCCCU